AUGGCGGAGGGAGAUACCGCAAAUUUGUUGAGUAUGAAAAAAAUCCUUAGGGGUUUUGAGUUGAUGUCGGGUUUGAGGGUUAAUUUCAACAAAAGCAACAUCUUCGGUAUCAAUGUUUCCGAUUGGUAUCUUGAAGCGGCUUCCUCUUUUCUCUUUUGCAAAGUUGGAACGUUCCUGUUCAAGUUUCUUGGUGUUAGAGUGGGUGAUAGUCCGAAGAAGUUAUAUAUGUGGAAGGAUUUACUUUUAUAUUUGAAGAGGAGAUUAGCCGUUUGGAAAGGAGUUCAUCUAAACAUAGCGGGUCGUGUGUGUUUGAUUAAUUCCGUGCUCAACGCAAUCCCUAUCUAUUCUCUUUCUUUUUACAAAGCACCUUCAAAGAUCUUAAAAGAAAUUCAAGCCAUUCAAUGUAAAUUCUUGUGGAACGGGAGCGAAUUUAAAGGCCUAUUCAUUGGGUUUGUUGGGAUAUCGUAUGCAAAACGCAAGAUGAAGGAGGUUUAG